AUGAAGAUAAAUGAUUUUAAAGGUACUGAUAGAUGGCUCUCUCGUUUUAAAAAUCGACAUCAUAUUCAUUCAGUAACUAAACAAGGCGAAUCAGCAUCUGUUCCAACUUUAGGUUAUGGUGAAGGGAGUUUCCAUUAUGCUAGUAUCUAA